AUGGCUGCGACUUUCUCUGCAAAACUAGCACUGCAUCAAGGAUCCAGGUUUAUCAACCAUCGUCUCUUUCACACAACGCGCAGACGAGACAUAGUCAAACCAUUCUUGUUGGCAGAUAUUGGCGAGGGGACUCGAGAAUGCCAAAUCAUCCAAUGGUUCGUGCAGCCAGGUGCUCGCGUUGAGCAAUUCGAUAAGCUCUGCGAAGUACAGUCGGACAAGACAGCAUCUGAUAUCACAUCGCCGUUCGAUGGGGUAAUCAAAAAGUUGUACUAUGAGGCAGAUGACAUGGCUCUCGUCGGAAAGCCACUAUUGGACAUUGAUAUACAAAGCGACAUCACGCCUGAGAGUGAGGCACUCAUCGAAGAAUCUGGCGGUGAGAAAGCAGAUGUUCCACGAAAGGAAGCACCGCAACCGCAAGCCCCUCGACAUGAAGAUUCAAACGUUGAGAGGGAAGAAGUUCAAGGCCCUCUGAGCAGAACGAAGCAUCAAGACAAAGGACUGGCGACACCUGCUGUGCGACAUUUGAUCAAAGAACAUAACAUCAGAGUUCAAGACAUUGAUGGAAGCGGCAAAGACGGAAGGGUCUUGAAAGAAGAUGUCCACCGCCACGUCUCGCAGACUACUCAAAAGUCAACACAACAGCCAGCUGCGAAGGACCAGAAGAAACCUCUAACGCCAGUUCAGAUGGCCAUGUUCAAAACCAUGACCCGAUCUCUCACAAUACCACACUUCUUGUAUUCGAGCACGGUCGACACUGGCAAUCUUAACAGGUUCCGUGCGAAGAUCAAUAACACACGAGAGGCUGGGAACAAGCUGACUCCAUUGCCUUUUAUACUUAAAGCAAUUUCGCUUGCAACGGGGCACCAUCCAUUGCUCAACGCCUGGUUAGACACAUCGGAUCCGAAGAAGCCUGAGUUGAGUUACAAGGCAGCACACGACUUUGGAAUCGCGGUGGAUACUCCUUCUGGGUUGCUGGUGCCAGUCAUCAGGAACAUCGAGUCGCAGAGUGUGGGAACCAUCGCAGAGCAGAUCAAGAUGUUAUCAAGCAAGGCACGCGAAGGUAAAUUAGGACCGAAAGACCUCCAAGGAGCGACGUUCUCAGUGUCCAACAUCGGAUCAAUAGGUGGUGGGGUCGUCGCACCGAUUAUAGUGGAACCCCAGGUGGCCAUUGUCGGAGUGGGAAGGGCAAAAGUGGUGCCAGGCUUCGACGAGCAAGGGAACGUGGUCAAGAAGGAAGAGAUGGUUCUAAGCUGGAGUGCAGAUCAUCGAGUCGUGGACGGAGCAGAGUGUGCCAGAUGCGCCGAGAGGGUGAACUGGUAUCUACAGAACAUGGAGGCGUGGAUGUUGGAGAUGAAGUAG